CCCCCCCCCCCUCCCCAACCCUCGUGUCAGCUGUCGGAGGCAGGAGCCAUGUGCGGCCGAGCACACAUGGCUCCCCGCGCGGCACGGAGCUGUAUUUUUAGCAGACGGUAUCAAAAGCAUAAUUAUGUCUGUUGUGGAAGCGCAGCCUCUUUUUCUGGCAGCUUUCAGCCAGCUCCCGCCGCAGAGGGCGACGAGGCACCAUGCGGAGUGGCCCAUGGGCAGGGGGCUCGGCCAGGCAGGGGCUGAGAGCCCCCCAGUUGCCACCAGGCAGGAGGAGCCGCACAGGCAGCUGCCCGUCGAUUGUGAUUUUCUUUUCCCCCAUCACCCGCCCGGUGCCGGCCUGCCCAUCACCAUGGCUGCCCGGCGGCGGGGCGCCCCGGGAGCGCGGUGGGGACAGAAGAGGGGUCCGGGCUGAGGGCAGGAGCCCCCGGAUGCUCCCAGCACCGGGUGCAGAUUAGCAAAAGCUCUCGCGGCCGUUGUGCCUGGUGCUGAGCGAGGGGGGAACGGAGCUGCCUUCUUCUGCCUGUGCCCUCAUCUUCCUCACCUGCGCCCUCAUCUUCCUCACCUGUGCCACGGUGGAGGCAGGGUCCAGCCAGCCUGGGACGGCGCUGAGCACCACAUGAGCGGCAGGAGCAGCAUGGCCAGCGACACGAGGAUGGGGGAGACCCCACCGCGAUGGAGGAGAGCCCAGGAGGACGCCCCAGGGAUGGAGAGCAGGGGGAUGGUUUUACCCCAAAACGCCGAGCUGGGACUCCCAGGCUACCCAGAGCCCGGCAAACUGAGCUACGGAACGGAGAAGGGGUGUCCCUGGAAGGGCUCCAAGGGAUUUUUGGGGUCAGGCAGGGAGCUUGCCGGUGACCGGCUGGGCUGCCCCUACCCACCGGCCGCACCGUGCCUGCGGGACGCUUUGUGCCGCCCCAAGGAUGGAGCCGAGCUCCCGCCGCUGCUGCCGCCGCCGCCCAGGAACGGGCAACCCAAAGCGGGCUGGGCUGAACCCUGCAAGGAGCACCCGGGGCCACGGUGGGCUGAGGCCGUUCUGGCCCCCCUGGCCCUUUACAGCCACGCAUACCACCGCUCCCCCCUGCCCUUCCCCGGGACGGAGAGCCAGCGCCCUGACCCCCCCGGCAAGCCCUGCGCUGCCACGGGGGAUGGAGCCGGUGACCCCCGGGCUUUCCGCCACUGCCCCUUCCUCCUGUCCUCUCUGCUGCCCACCGGACCCCCCGCUGACCCCCCGUUUGGCAACGGGGGACCAGAGGGACCAGGGGCAAUGGGUGACGGGCGUCUGGCUGGCAUGGACUGGCGCCUGGGCUCCUACGCGCCCACCUGGGGCCACCCCCUUUAUUUGGGGGUCCCAUCGAGGUGCAAGGCGGCUCCGAGCCCCUUUGACGACUGCUCCAGCUCAGGGAACAAGGAAUUUUACCCGAAGAAAGAUCCCAUCUUCCACCCCCCUGCUGAAGACCAAGCGCCGUCGCAGCUGCUGGGCAAAGGCCAGGCAGGGGAGGAUGGAGAUGGGGAGGGGGUGCUGGCGGUGCCGGAGCUGUCGGGAGUCCCGGGAAGGGAUGGCCGAGCGGGGGGAAGCUCGGUGGUGCCCGCUCCCCAUGCCCACACGCCUCCCCCCGGCUCCAACCACCCCCUCUUCCUCCCACAGCCCGGCACAAUGAGGGGCUGCGGGGGUCCCUGGGUGGGCGCAGAGCCCCACGCCACCGAUUUCCCCCCGGAGCCGGGGUCAGGCUGGCCCUCUGAGCCCAAAAACAAGCGCCUGGCCUGCCAAAACCUCCAGCCCGGCUCACCGCCGGGAUGCAGGGAGCCCGACCCAUCGCCUCCACUCACGGAUGGGCAAUACCUGCCGGCCUUUGCCAAACCGGGGCCGACCCCAGCUUGCCUCUGCACCGCGCCGGGCUGCGAUGGGUGCCCAGGGGUGGGCUAUGGGGUGCUCAGCCCCUUCGAGCCCACCCUGGGCAUCCCCGGCGGCCGUUUUCCAUGCCCACCCAGCCACCACACCAAACUGAAGAAGACCUGGCUGACGCGGCACUCGGAGCAGUCGCUGCCGCAGUGCAAGGCUACCCGGCGGGACGGUGGCUACGAGCCGGCCGGCGAGGGCAAGCGCUCGGCCAAACGCCCGCACGGGCCCCACUGCUGCUGGCGAGGAUGCUGGGGUGGCCAAACGGGGCUCAAAGGCCACCAAGGACCUGGCCAUGAUCCACCGAGCCGUGUCGGCCCGGAGCCGCGGUGCCUGCAGAGCGUGCCCUGCACCGCCCUGCCCGAGAGCAUCCCGCGGUGCUGUGCCUGCGCUGCCCGGGCCGGGGGGGACCCCGAGGGGGAGGAAGAGGAGGAGGAUCCCCCCGAAAGCACCUGCAGGCUGCUGCACUUCCGCAGGUUUGCCUUCGGGGCCGGCGGGGAGCUGAGCGUCGAUGGUUUCUGCACCCUGGGGGAGGCAGAGGGGGAAACGUGGGGCUGGAGGCAGCCGGCCCCGAGCUGGGGCAGCAGCAGCCUCUGCCUGGCUAAAUAUUUACUGGGGGUCCUGGGGGACCCCUUCUGCGAGGCCGUCCGCAGGGACAGGGACACAUGGCUGGGAGCCCCUGGCGGGCCCGAGGCCUGGAGGCGGGGGGAAGGAGCCCCCCAGCUCUGUGACGCCUGCCAGCGCGGCUUCUUCAACUCCCACUGGAGCUGCGCCAGAUGUGGCUUCCAGCUGUGCCCCGACUGCCACCGCAGCAGGCGGGAGGCUGGUGGCCACGAGGGUCCGGCGUGGCCACCUGAGUGCAUCCCCGGGCGAGACCAUCACAUCACGUCCCUUGUCCCCACGCAGUUUGUCCCCACCCGUGUUCUGACCAGGCUCUGGGAGCUGCUGCACGAGGUCCGGGUCAAAUUCGGCAUCGAGUCGCACUGUCCCUGCGGGGGGGGGCGUGCAGAGCCCCCUGGGAGCAGGCAGGAGCCGACGGGGGCUGCGAUGGGGACCCCCCUGCCCAGCAGCGAUGGCCAAGCUGACACCUCCCAGCCCAUCCAGGAAGAGGGCCUCAGGGGGGGGCCACCAUCACCGGGGCAUCCCCCUCCCGGGGGGGCCGUGCAGACCACCACCCUCUGUGACCUCCUGGCCUCCACCGCCGUCAAGCUGUGCCUGGGGCAGGACGGGGUGCGCAUGGCCUUCGCCCCCGUUUCGCCCGCCUUGCCUAGCGACAACCGCCUGACCAGCAUCCUGGACAGCAUCAUCGCCCGCGUGGUGGAGAGGAAGAUCCAGGAGAGGCAGGCGGGGGGGGGCGAGCUGACCCCCCCCGGCCCCCCUGACCCCCCCACCUCCCACUGCAUUCUGGCACCCAGCGGGCUGCUCUGGCUGCAUGACCCCGGCCACGCCAGCAACUACAAACUCUUCCAGGAGCAUUGGCGGCGGGGCCAGCCUGUCCUUGUUUCAGGGUUGCAGAAGCGGCUGGAGGGGCGGCUGUGGGGGCCGGAGUCCUUUUGCCCGGCCGGGGGGGAGCGGGCGGUGGAGGCGGUGAACCUCCGGGCACCACCGGGCCGAGUCAGGAUGAGCAGCCGGGAAUUUUGGGACGGCUUCGCCGCCAGCGCAGCAUCGACGGAGCAGGGUGGUGGGGACCUGCUGAAGCUGGAAAGUGGCUUUGGGGACAUGGAGCUGUGCCGGGCCACCAACUUGAGCACCAGCUUGCCACUGCCGGAGUAUUGCGGGCCCGCUGGCCGCCUCAACCUGGCUACCUACCUGCGGGGCCGGCGCUGGCUGCGCCCACGAGUCUGCGUGGCUUACGGCGUCCAUCCUCAAGACCGGACCAUCGGGACCAAAAAUCUGACGGUGGAGGCGGCCGAUUCCAUCAGCGUCCUGGUGCACGCCGCGGCGCGGCUGCCCGAGUGGCCGGCGGCACGGCAGGACCUGCUCCUCCAAGCCGAUGCUGAUGGCGUGGACACGCCGCUGAAGGAGCGGCUCUGGGAUGCCGGCAGCCGGCCCGGCGCCCUGUGGCACAUCUUCCGUGCCGAGGAUGCCGGCCGCAUCCGGGAUUUCUUGCAGAAGGGCAGGAGGGGGCGGCCACAGGCGGAGCCCCCCGGCCGCUACCUGGACCUCUCGCUGCGGAGGCGGCUGCGUGAGGAGUGUGGGGUGAGCGGCUGGACCCUCCUCCAGUUCCUGGGGGACGCGGUGCUGGUCCCCGCCGGGGCUCCCCACCAGGUACAGACCCUCACCGGGACCAUCACCGUGGAGCAGCGGUUCCUCUCCCCCGAGAACAUCACCCGCGUCCGGGACCACAGCACCCACCUCCCCGGGGCCGCCCCCCAGCUCUGCGCCCAGCUGGACGGCGUGAUCUUCUCCGCUGUGCGGGAGGCCGUGGGAGUCCUGCGAGGCUGCAAGUGAGGCGGCCGCGGCACGCCGGGAGGAUGCUCGGCCCAAACCGGGGCCACGGGGCUGCCCCUCGCCGGGCGCUUUGCUCCGCCGUCACCCGAGGAGGCUCGGGGCAGCCGGGGAAUAAAAUCUGCAACGUGCCAGGGCCGCCGGCACCACCAGCA